AUGGUGGAAUCCUUGGAGCCUGUUGUUAAGUAUAGCAAAAAAAUUUCAGCCGAAGCUAAAAUGAUUUCAGCCGUUAGAUCCAAGAUUGAAAAAGGAAACAUUCGAAACGCGCUACAGCUAUUGUCUUCAACAGAUACAGUUGCACCGGUUACGGAAGAAACCAUAGGUUCCCUAAGGGAGAAACAUCCAAACGCUCCCUCAAACAGAAAGGACUGUCUACCCAAAGAGGCUUCAAGCUUAACGGUUAAUUCACAACAGGUGCUGCACUGUUUAAAGUCUUUUCCUAAGCGAACUUCUGGCUGCAGAGGUGGUCUCACGCCUGUACAUCUAAGAGACGUUACGUCUUCAAAAGCAUACUCUUCUGAUCUAGUGAAUUUGAUUGCCUCAUUUGUCAACCUGAUUCUAAGCGGGAACUGUCCGCCAGAGGUAGUUUCGAAGCAUGAUGCCCUGACCUUGCUGUUGCACGGGAUGUACUUGCCUCGUUUGACUUUUUUUUUAAGAACGUCGCCCAGCCUCGAUAAGUUGAUGCUUCAAUGUUUUGAUCAAACUCUCCGUGACGGCUUCCAAUCGAUUUUCAACGUUUCCCUUGACCAGAAAGGAGUGGAGUUGCUAGUUGCUAAGCUGCUGGAUUUCAACCAAUCAAAUUUUGAUAAAGCCAGGAUAAUGGCUGUAAAAAGUGAGUUGGGAUCAUCUUGGUUGAAGGCGGUCCCAAAUUCCGCCUGUGGUACCAGGCUGGACGACUCUUGUGUUCGUGUCAGUUUGGGACUGAGACUCGGUUUAUCGAUUUUAACCGAGUAUGUUUGUUUAUGUGGGGCCAAUGUUGAACCCCUGGGCUACCAUGGUCUUUCGUGUCGAUUGGGCCCUGGUAGACAGGCUCGACACUCGGCCAUGAACGACUUUUUAGUCAGGCGCUUUCAGAGGGCAAACAUACCCACAAUUAAAGAACCCACGGGUUUUAUGGAGGAAGGUAGCCUCAGGCCCGAUGGAUAUACUAUUUCACCAUGGGCGCAGAUGUCAGUCGAUCAUAUAAACAACAAACCAGAAUUCAAGCGUGACAACAUCAACAGUAACAAUAACAUCAACAGUAACAACAACAUCAACAGUAACAAUAGCAACAACUUUAGGACAAACUUGACCCCUGCCGAUCACAACAGUAGUUGCAGUGACAUCGCAGAAAGUUGUGCCAGCAUGUCAACUCUCAAUGACACUUCAAUGACGUCAUCGUUGAUGUCAGCCCACGUGUCUUGGGCGACGGAAGCUACUACAACAUCUAUUUCAUCAUCGUCGUUGUCGUCAUCAUCAUCGCCGACAAAAGCAUCAUCAUCAUCGUCGACGCAUAAACAUUUACUGCCGUUUGCACAGCUAUCCAAUAGCAAAUCACCAAGCAACAGCCAUCAUCAACAACAACAACAACAUAAAACGUCAUCCAGCCAUUCAACUCGCAAAACAACAACACCAACAUCGCAACAACAUCUUUAUUCUUCGCAAGCCACGAAACAGCAGCAGCAACAACAACAACAAAAGCACCCACAACAACAAUCUAACAAGUUUUCACAGCAGCAACAACAACAGUCUUGCAGGUAUCCGCCCUCAAUAAUUCGAUCGUACGACGGUGAAGAUGGUCCGACUGGGUACAGACAACAUCUCAACCGCAUCGUCAAUCGGAAGUCCUGCGCCCUCGUCCCUCCCAACCGAACCGUCUGCCACGUCAUGGCCAUCUAG